AUGGUGACCUCUGCCGACAAGGAAGCCUACGAAGAGGAAGCCUACGAAGAAGCUUCGGUCGUGGAGGAUAGUGCACAUGACCAAGGACCACCCGGAGACCGCAAUAUCCGGAAGCAGUACGGCCGCCAAGUCGAUGCGAACGACAAGGUGCUUGAAGACAAGGGCGUCGCAGAUUUGCACCCUGACGACGUACAAUUGUUGAAAAGCGUCCUCAAGUAUCGUCUCGAAGGUGAAACCACAGUGCGCUUGCUGUUGGCGCUUUGUCGAAAGAGUAGUGGUGAUCCUAAGGCACUCCUCCAACCCAUGAUUAACCAGCAUGAGGCGGACGAGGACUACGCAUUUUCGCCGCCGACGGCCCCUGUAUCGUUGCCCUCGUCCACCCCUGUUCCACCACUUGCGGCCGCUGUUGCAACCACACCUGCAUCCAGCAUUCCGUCAACAGUUGUUGCUCCUAAUCCCCCUUCGAAAGGCACAGACCCGAGAGAAUUUCGACGGCUUAGCAGACUGACAAAAAUGUUGUCAUAA